AAUAAAAAUUACUCUCAUUUUAGUACGAACAUUUAAAAAAAAAUCAUAAUACAGCUACAUAUAAACGUGUUACUAGUUAUUCUGUGAUAGUAACCAUAGAAUCAUAGAACGUAGAAUAUCCCCACUGAUUUGAAUGCUUUUUUUAUGUUGGUACGCACUGAGGAUUUUUAGGUUAUGAUAAUGACUGAAAUCAGAUAACCUAAUAAAUGAAAUAAUUAUUAUCGUUUUCUGUCGGAUCUAACACGGUGAACAAGAUAUACUAUCUGGUAUAAAACUAAAUUCACAUUACACAAAAUGUCAACAAAAAGGAAGCCAGAAUCUCAAGUACCGGCAGAAGAAAGUGACCAAUUAAUCAUAAGACCACUGGGUGCUGGUCAGGAAGUGGGCCGAUCCUGUAUUAUGCUUGAAUUUAAGGGCAAAAAAAUUAUGCUAGAUUGUGGCAUUCAUCCUGGUUUAUCAGGUAUGGAUGCUUUACCGUUUGUUGAUUUGAUUGAAGCCGAUGAAAUCGACCUAUUGCUGAUCUCCCAUUUUCAUCUUGACCACUGUGGUGCUCUACCCUGGUUUUUACAAAAAACCAGCUUUAAAGGAAGGUGCUUCAUGACUCACGCAACUAAAGCCAUUUAUCGUUGGUUACUGUCGGAUUACAUAAAAGUCAGCAACAUUGCAACCGAACAAAUGCUUUACACUGAAGCAGACUUGGAAGCUAGUAUGGACAAAAUCGAAACCAUAAAUUUCCACGAAGAAAAAGAUGUAUUGGGUGUGAAAUUUUGGGCUUACAAUGCGGGACAUGUUUUAGGAGCAGCGAUGUUCAUGAUCGAAAUAGCCGGUGUUAAAAUUUUGUACACAGGCGACUUUUCUCGUCAGGAAGAUCGCCAUUUAAUGGCCGCUGAAAUCCCUACGGUCCAUCCAGAUGUUUUAAUCACUGAAUCCACCUACGGCACUCAUAUCCAUGAAAAGCGGGAAGAACGAGAAAGUCGAUUUACCAAUUUAGUUCACGAUAUUGUAAACCGAGGUGGUCGGUGUCUGAUCCCCGUUUUUGCGUUGGGACGAGCCCAGGAGUUACUUUUGAUUCUGGAUGAAUAUUGGAGUCAACAUCCUGAUUUACACGAUAUUCCGAUUUAUUACGCGUCGUCUUUGGCAAAAAAGUGCAUGGCUGUAUAUCAGACGUACAUCAACGCUAUGAAUGAUAAAAUUCGACGACAGAUCGCCAUCAAUAAUCCGUUUGUCUUUAAACAUAUAUCAAACUUGAAGGGUAUCGAUCAUUUCGAAGACAUCGGUCCUUGUGUAAUAAUGGCAUCUCCCGGUAUGUUGCAAAGCGGCCUUUCCAGGGAAUUGUUCGAAUUGUGGUGUACGGAUACGAAAAACGGCGUCAUCAUAGCAGGGUAUUGCGUGGAAGGCACUCCGGCGAAGACGAUUCUGUCCGAACCGGAAGAAAUUACAACGAUGAUCGGCCAAAAACUGCCGCUUAAAAUGUCAGUGGAUUACAUUUCCUUCUCGGCUCACACGGAUUAUCAACAAACUAGCGAAUUGAUACGCAUCCUGAAACCGCCUCAUGUCGUUUUAGUGCAUGGCGAACAAAACGAAAUGAGUCGUUUGAAGGCAGCGCUUCAGAGAGAAUACGAAGACGAUCCAAACACAACAAUUUAUUUUCACAAUCCGCGAAAUACACACUGUGUUGAACUGUAUUUUCGUGGUGAAAAAACCGCCAAAGUUAUGGGGAGUUUAGCGGUGGAAGAACCAAACGCAGGGAACACGUUAUCAGGGGUUUUAGUAAAAAGAAACUUCAACUAUCAUUUGCUGGCGGCUAACGAUUUACCAAAAUACACCGACAUGAGUAUGAGCCAAAUCAUGCAAAGACAAAGUAUCCACUACUCCGGAAACACGGGAGUGCUGCGCCACUUGAUCACACAGGUUGCUGGCUUGCUGGAGCCUAUCGAAGGUGACAAGAAAGUUAGAGCAUUUAACGCGAUCGAUAUUACCAUAGAAAAUAAAAUCAUUACUCUCGAGUGGAUCGCGAAUCCCGUAAAUGACAUGUACGCUGACGCAAUCGUCGCAGCGAUACUUCAAGCCGACCUCCUGGAUACACCUAUAAAAAAUCUAUCGACAAGCGUAAAAGUCGAUCGGAUGCAUUUUAAAGAGUGCCUGAUUGAAAUGCUUCAGGACAUGUUUGGUGAAGAUUCCGUUCCAAAAAUGUUCAAAGGCGAAAGGUUGUACGUUACCGUGAAUGAUAAAAAAGCGGAUAUAGAUUUAUCAAACUUGGAGGUUACUUGUCCUGAAGACGAAACGUUUAAACAAAUUGUUGAAACUGCAGUUACAAAGUUGUAUCAGUCGUUGGCUCCUCCGCAGAUUUAAUACAGAUAUGUACAUUAUUAAAUGUAAAUAAAUAUUUUGAACUUU